AUGGCUGGCCGACCAGACCGAGGUCUCAUGUCCAUUGUGAUUAAACUGCAUCGAGGAAAAUCGGUCCUAUUCACCCAGAAGAAGCAGUACUGUGUAAAGGUGGUGAUUUAUGAGGAUUAUAGAGUGGAUCCUUUGGUGGCCGACUGCUACCCAGCAUUGGUGGCGACUAAGGCAAUAAUUAAAAAUGCCAACCAGGCGGCUCGCGAAUAUCUCCAAGAGGAGUUAGGUCCCAAACAUGUUGCUCGCAAAUGGGAUGAAGUGUAUGAGACUGGAGAGAAGAUUCGGAUUAGAGCCGUCUAUUAA